AUGAAUCAUCUCAGCAUUUAGUCUGAUAUCUUUGAUUAAGAUCUUCCUUAAGAUAUGUAACAAUCGUUUGCAAUUGUAACUACACAUGUUGGAGUUCCAAAAGUAAUUGAGGAUUGCUCCUAAAUUCCUGAAAUUAUUUAAUUAAAGUCUGGAUUGAUGUAUUCAGAGUAACAUAGAUUAAUCUAAUUAUCGAAGAUUCAACCUCAACUAUCUUAUUUAUAAGGAUGGGAAGAUAAAAGUGCAGUUUUAUAAAAUGAUCAAAUUAGAGGAUUGCAAUCAGAGAGAACUGAAAAUAAUGCAACCUUAACUUCAGUCAUAAUGCAAUCUGGAUUGUUUACACAUGAAAAUUUUGUUUAGUAUGAAGGAUUUAUUUUAAAAAAAACAAAAAAAUUGUUAUCACCGUUCAAAUAGAUAUAUUGUCAUUUUUAGGAUGGAAUUUUAAGUUUUUAUUAAAAUUAGUAAAAACAAAAGGCUCGUUUUGUUCUCAAUCUAGGUCUUUUUAAUUUCUAGUAUUAUCAAAAACAAAAUGUAAACAGUGACAUAUAUGAAUUUGGAUUGAAGUGCAUGAAUGACGAUAAAAUCUUUUAAUUUAAAGGACUUUACAACAAUUAAUGGUUCCUUUUGAUUAAGAAAUUCAUAGAUAAUGUUAGAUAGAAUCCAGUAGUUAAGUUCUAUUUGAACCCAUUUUCGAAGUAUUAUAAAAAAAGAUUAAUCACGAAUGAUUAAUUUCGAUAAAUGUGUUAAACCGGAGAUAUUCUCCUAUUUCAAACUAAAUCCUACAGUUCUAAAUUGCAAAGAUUAGUAACCAGAUCAAAUUAUGAUCAUGUGGCUAUGAUACUAAAAUAUUAGUCUGGUGCUAUUUAUGUGUUAGAAGCAACUGAUCAAAAUGGAGUAGGAAUUUUUGACUGGGAUUCGAUGACCAAUCAAUUAUGGUAUGAAUUAUAUUAAAUGGUUGUAUACAGGUAGCUUCAUUUAAGAAGGAAUAUCGAAUUUUACUCUAAAUUGAAAAAUUUGUUAAGGAGAAUGUUGGGAGAUAAUACCAUCUAAGCUUUUAGAAACUACUUUAAGAAAAAUCUAUAAUAAUCACUCCAUAGACCUAGAAUGAAGAUCCAACCUAUUUUUGCUCUUAACUUAUAGCAAAGAUAUAUAAAUUAAUCGGAUUGCUUAGCCAAGAUAAAUCUGCUAAUUAAUAUUGGCCUGGAUCCUUUUCUAAUGAAAAAGAUGAUAUUUAACUUAAGGGUUGUUCUCUCUCAGAUGAAUAUUUAAUCGGAUUUAAUAUGUGAAAGAUACGUUUCUUUGAAAUUAUAAUUCUUUAUAAUUUUUGUAGUACAAUAUUCAUCAUAUAAAUAAAUAUUCUCUAAAAAGUCUUCAAAUUUAUAGAUAAUACGAAAACUAUAGUGA